AUGGACCGAAAUGAGUACAACCUGCUCAAGAUGGACUCUAAUCAGGACUUGGGCGAUUUCCUUGCUAAGUUUACCCGUCUCGCCGAAGAAUCUACCAGCUUAGAUCUUCGAAAACAGGACCUCUACGCCAAGAUACCGACCUUGAUACAGAACCAGGUCAUGAUGGAUGUCGAUGACGAGAGUGCCACCCUAGACCAGUUUGUUCGCAAGUGCCAGCGUGCUUCCGGCCUGAUUUCUCAGCAGCACGCUACUCGCAACCUUAAUAAGGCAAAUGACAACAAGAAGAAUGACGGCAACGGUGGUAAUACAGCUAAGAACAUCACUACCACGCCUAACAAUUAUCCCCCAGUCCUCGGUCCCGUCUUGGACCCUUGUCCCCGCCAUCUUGGCCCCCCGAGUCCGAGAUGGCCUUGGCACGGCCGGAUACAUCGUCUAUCUGGUAGUGGAAUAAGCACCGGACAACCUUAUGAUCAAGAUGACGCGGCUCGCUACUUGGAGAGACAACCUUCGCAGCACUCUACCGCAAGUGUGACCCAAGUCAUUUUGCGAUCAUGGUUUGCUCAUUAUCUACUUCAAUGGACAACAGAAACAGAAAUGUUACUCCCGGCAGUUGACUCAACAUACAAGAUCAUAUUCAGUGUCCAGCAUGAUCCAAUUAACCUCAACAACUGA